AUGAUUAUGGCACUGAAGAUGCUGACAGCAGCCAGUUGCUCUGUGAAGGCAAUUUUCCAACCUACCAUUCUUGGCCAUUCUUGGGAGAUUUUACUUGGCCACGAGAGUCCCCUGAGAAGUUUCUCUUUUCAUCACACAGCUCCUCCACCAGCCAAGUAUGGUGGGCGGCACACGGUGACUAUGAUUCCUGGGGAUGGCAAUGGGCCUGCUCUCAUGCACCAUGUCAAGACUGUGUUCAGACAUGCGUGUGUGCCUGUGGACUUUGAGGAAGUGUGGGUGUCUUCCACCUCCACCUCAAGGGGAGAGGAAAUUCACAAUGCCAUCAUGGCAGUCCGUCGAAACUGUGUCGCUUUGAAGGGCAGCAUUGGAACGGACCACACCUUGCCACCCUCGCACAAAUCCUGCAACAACCUGUUUCGCACCACCCUAGAUCUCUAUGCCAAUGUUACCCAUUUUAAAAGUCUGCCAAGUGUGAACACCCGGCACAAGGAGGUAGACAUUUUAGUUGUUCGGGAAAACACAGAGGGCGAGUACAGCAAUCUGGAGCAUGAGUGUGUGAAGGGGGUAAUAGAGAGCCUAAAAAUCAUAACUAAAGACAAGUCUUUGCGCAUUGCUGAAUACGCCUUUCAGCUGGCCCAGAAGAUGGGACGCAAAAAAGUGACGGUUGUGCACAAGGCCAAUAUCAUGAAACUGGGAGAUGGUCUCUUCCUUCACUGCUGUAGGGAGGUGGCAUCCUGCUAUCCUCAACUCACCUUAGAAAGCAUGGUUGUGGACAAUGCCACGAUGCAGUUAGUAUCCCAGCCCCAACAAUUUGAUGUCAUGGUGAUGCCCAAUCUUUAUGGCAACAUUGUCGGCAGUAUCUGCACAGGAUUGGUUGGUGGGGCAGGCCUUGUACCUGGAGCCAGCUAUGGACAUAUGUAUGCAAUGUUUGAGACAGCUGCAAGGCAAUUAGACAUGUUGGCCAAUGAGAAUAUGGCAAACCCUACUGCCAUACUGCUUUCAAGUUGCAUUAUGCUGGAUUACCUCAAACUCAACUCCUAUGCCACUCGCAUUCGAACUGCAGUCUUAGCAGCCCUGGACGACAAAAGUAUUCAGACUCCAGAUAUUGGAGGUCAAGGUACCACAAUGGAUAUGAUUCAAAGCAUCGUGGACCACAUUCAUAAUGUCAAGUAA